CUUUUUGUAAGAUCGAGAGCGAUGUAGUGCGGUCAAAUUGUCAAUUGCGCGCUGAUUGGUAGAACGUCAAAAAAGACAAUGUUCUUUGCAACUCCCGGUGCACGGCUGUUUAUCUGCCUAUAACGAAAUGCCUCUGUAGUCGCCAUAUUGUUUUAACAUCGACUGACAUUUGUAAGACACCACGUGACAUAAACUUGUGCUUGCCAGAAACAAAAAAAGUGAAUUUGUCUCUUUUGAUAUGGCAAUUCGAAUUCAAAUCAUUGCAGUUACUGUGUCGAUUGAGUGAAGUGUUUGUGCUUAUCCUCUCCGCUUUAACUGUAAUAAACCCAGUUUCAUUGGGCUUUUUGCUUUACGCAAAAUGUAUUAUAAGUGCUGCAUGUGUAAUGCUACGCGACAGGACGCUAUUUUGUACCAUUUCCCAUCCAAUGAGAAAAGACUCCAAAUGUGGUUAAAGUGUUUACCUUCGGCUCGGGAUGAUUUGAAAGCGCUAACGCAAAAGCAGCUUUCGAAGUUGUUUGUAUGCUCAAAACACUUUGAAGUGCGGUUUGUCACCCAGAAAUCUCGUCUCGUAGGAUCGGCGUAUCCUACACUUUUCAGUGCAGAGGAGAUAUCAAGAGGAACACCAUCUCAAAAUGAGAAUGUGGACCCACAGACCGAUCAUACUUACUGCCGAAAGAGACACUUUGACCAUACUUAUGCAAAACAGAAACCUUUAGCAGAAUUACCUUUAAACACAGGAGGAAUGCAACCUGUGGAUGUACCAGGAACAUCUCACAUAUCAGUGGCAUGUGAAGACUUCCCGUCAACCACUGGCACAACCACUUUUUCAGGCUCGCUGAAUACAGUGGUGUUAAAGACCAAGGCAAGGGCAAGAAAACGCAUUAUAAAUAAAAUAAAAGAUUUGACACCAACUGGUAAAGUUAUAUAUAAAGAAUACCAGAAAGCCAAAGAUGAGGCUAACUUCCUGAAGAGAGCUCGAAGAGCUUUAAAAUUCAGCAAGGACAAGUCCUUUGAAGAAUUAACCAAGGAAAUGAAUCCAUUUGCAAAAACUAUCAUGAAAAUGCAAAUUAAUUUAUGCUCAAAAAGUAAAAAAGGGCGACGCUUUACUGAGGAAGAAAAAUUAAUAGCAUUGUCCAUAAUGAAACAAAGUCCUAAGUGCUACAGAUUUUUACACAAAAUUUUCGUCUUGCCCUCACGAUCAACUCUAAAUAAAAUGGUUGCAAAGCUCUCUAUUGGACCAGGAAUUUGUCAACAAGUGUUUGACUUACUAAAAAAAGAGGUUGCUACGUGGGAUGAGAAAAAAAAAAUUUGUUCAGUCAUCUUCGAUGAGAUGUCAUUAGACACAGCUCUAACAUAUGAUAAAAACAGGGACUGCAUCAAUGGCUUUGUAGAGUUAAACGAAAAGCAGAACCAGUUUGCCGACCAUGCUCUUGUUUUCAUGCUCAGAGGAGCGGUGUACAAGUGGCAGCAACCCAUUGCUUUUUAUUAUUGCCAGGGGGCCACAUCAGGGACUGAGCUUAAAAAAAUUCUAAGAGAUGUUGUGGCUGUUCUUGUGGAAUGUGGUCUGAAGCCUAUUUGUGUCAUUUGUGAUCAAGGCACAUCGUUUCAAGCAGCCUUGAAAAGCUUUAGAGAGGACACUAAGCGUGAUCAAAUACUUGCAGAUCAAGAACCAGAUGGCUCAGUUACUAUCAGCGGCGUUAAUCUGAGCAUUAUUUAUGACCCGUCACAUUUGAUUAAAGGAAUUAGAAAUAAUUUCUUAAAUAAAAACAUUGUCAUGGAUGGUAAAAUAUCCAAGUGGACUGAUAUUGUGGAUGUCUAUGAAACUGACUGUAAACACACAGAAUCUAGACUCCUUCAUAAAUUGAAUGACCAACAUGUCAUUCCUGAAAAAAUCAAGAAGAUGAAAGUGAAGAACUGUGUCAAAGUGCUGAGUUCAACAGUAUCUGCAGCUUUGUCCUAUACAGCUCAAUUUUCACACUAUGCGGAUGGCAGGCCAGUCAGUGGCACAAUAAAGAAUACCGCUGAAACAGUCCUGUUUUUCGACAGACUGUUUGAUAGCAUCAAUGGAGCAGGAUCUGCAAAAGAAGCCAGGGGCAAACUAAGAACUGCAGUGACAAAAAAAUCACCACACCAUAAAUUUUGGACAGAAGCAAUCAGGAAAUUGGAAAAUUUGAAAUUUAUUGAUUCUGCAGGGAAGGAAAAAUCGGUGCCCUCAGUAAAAAACUUUGUUAUAACUUUAAAAAGUUAUAUGAGGCUGUGGCAAAUUUUGCAUGAACAACAUAUAAAAGUGAUGCGGCCCAGAUAUUUUAAUUCUGACCCAAUCGAAAAUUUUUUUGGUCAGGUAAGGGCCUAUAAUUAUAGGAAUAAUGAUCCAAAUUGCCACAGCUUCAAUUGUACAUUCAAAUCAUUAUUGAUUACCAGAUUUAUAAAAUUUCACAGUGAAAACUUCAACUGUGAGGAUGACCCGGCAGAUCAAGUUUUGAACCUACAGGUUUUAUUUGAUGAAAAAAAAAGUAAUGAAUCAAGGCCGGGUAAUUCUCCAAGUGAAAAAAAUAUUGAAGUGAUUGUGGAGCAGGCCCGACGAGAAAGAAUGAAUAUUCACUCGCGGGCCUACACUGCUGGAUGGGUAGUAAAAAAAAUUUUUAGUAAAUUGAAAAUUAGUUGUAAAAAUUGUAAUAACUCAAUGACUUCCGAACGAGGCGAUAUUCAUGACUGGAUAAGUCAUAGAGAGUACAAUAAAGCAAGAAAAGUAUUGAAAUACCCAUCCGAAGCAGCAGUAAGGUGUUUUGGUACAGUCGUAAGAGAAACAAAUGAAUACUUAGAAAUAAAUGCUCAUAACAAUCAAGUAGCUAAAAAAAUCAGCGACCAUAUAUUUGCUAAGUAUUCAUUUGAUUUCAUAGACUGUACCGAACACAAAUCAGUGCUCCUGACACACUUCAUUGUUUUAACUGUGAGGUUCACAAUAAUGAAUUGGUGUAACAUAUUAAAUAAAAUUUUAAAGGGCACCGACGUUUCAAGACUGCAAGAAAAAGAUUUGCCUGCGAUGCAAAAGAAAGCAUUCGAAAAAUUCAAAAAGAAAUUAAAAAAUAAAUCGUUUAAUAAAUAACAUACUGUUUUAUUUAAUGAAUCCCAAAAAAGUUAAAGUUAUAGUCUUGAAAGAAAAUGUUAUAGUAGGUAGUACCUCUACA